AUGUCCGAAUACUCCGAAUGGUUGGAGGCGGCUGUUGGCAUGGGGGCAUUGGACGAGGCAACGGAUCAGGACACUUUGCAGCAGGCCACAGUGUACCAGCAGAGGCGCGACGCCGUGCUUUGCCUUAUUGACUGCCAACUCAGCAUGUUUCAGGGGGGAAUUCGUUCCAGUGACCCCGGCGAAAUCAGCCGGAUAGGUGCCGACAACACUCCCGGGGAAGAUUCCACUCCCGCAAUGCUGAACUCGGUCGCCACCUCGGGUUGCUCCAAAGGGAGGAACACCACGAUGCGAAAACAGUCGACAGAUGUUUUUUUUUGGCCAGACGUGGGCGGCGAGGGCGCGGAGAGGAGAAUACCGGCGGGCAUGGCGACGGGAGAUGAAAAAGUCACGGACCCUGAAGUGACAGGAAACCGCAUCAAUAAUACCCCCUUCCGGGACGCUGUGCGCUGUGUUCUGAAACUGUGCCAGGACAAGGUUCUGAUGAGCGACAAGGACUUGGUGGCUCUGGCCCUUUACAACACGAAUAAGAGACAUAACAUCUAUGAAUUGCCCGGCCUUUAUAUUGUUCACCCCUUUUCUCUUCUCAGCGUUCAGUCUGUGCGGGAAUUGGAGGGACUAGCGGCCUCAGGAGAUGUAUCCUCGAUGAUGUAUGAGGAGUUCAAGAAAAAUAUUGGGCACGCACAGAGAAAUGAGGUCCAUUUGAGUGACGUGUUAUGGGCGGCUCAGCAUAUGUUUCUUAGUCUGCACUCCAAUCUGAUCAAGUACCGUCGGGUCUUUAUCUUCACCAACGAUGAUGAGCCACAUAAGGGUGAAACAUCAGAAAAAGAGCGAUGUUUGGCACGUGUGCGGGAAUUGUACGAGGCUGGCGUGACUAUUGAAGUAUUUGCCAUUGGUAAAAGCCCCAACACUGGUGCGGGGGAAAUGGGCAUGGGGAGAGGAGAGGCAAAUUUUGACGCCUUGAACAGAGCAACGCGUGUGGCUGACACACAGCUGCAGGGUGGUGUAAAGCAACGUGAAGAUACGGUGCGCUUCACGGACUGCGUGGACGCGGAGCGUCAUUUUAAGCACGAGGGGUUUUGGGACCAGCUAGACCGCGGGGAGCGUUUUGCACAGGGGAUGAUUGAGCACGAGCGUCUUGGCGCUGUGCAUGUGACCGGCGGCGUGGAAGUGUUCGAUCACUUACUUAACGCCGUGCGGCGUCGGACGCACCCGCAGCGACCGUUUCAAAAUUAUGCGCUCACUAUUGGCAUAAGUGUGGGCGGGUCACCGGUACCUACGAUGGCGGUGAGCGUGUAUCACCCGCUGCUGCCUGCAACCCUACCGCGUGCGGAAUGGCUGGACCACCGCACAAAUGCCAUUGUGCCGCGGCGAGCACAACUCGUCGUGAAGAGACCGCUUUCCUCGUUUGAUUCCCAUCGACUGAACGAGCAGGAAACGACGAAUGACGCGACGAAAGCAGAGGAUUCAAGGGUAAUUGGCACUCCGAGGCCAAAUAAGGAGGUGGAGGAAGAAACCUUGGAGACGGUUGUGAAUCCUGACCACCUGCUGUACUCUACCAUCGUGGGCGGGAGGCGCCUUUUCUUCAGUGCGCAAGAAAGACAACAUAUUUUCCUUACGGCGACGGCUGGUGCCCCUGUUGGAUUUUCCAUUCUGUGUUUUAAGCACAAGGAGGACAUUCUGCAGCACAAACAUGUCAUCUGCAAAUCGAGUUUUCUCCGUCCGAAUCCUUACGACGGUGGAGAGGCCUCUCUCCGUCUUUUUGUUCAACUGACUCGGACACUUGUGCGAGGAAAUAAAGUGGCGGUCGCGCAGUAUGUGGCCCGGCGCGGAGCAGCGCCUCGGCUCGUUGCGCUGGCACCAUCAUCUCCAGCCGUGCCCGUUCCAACAUGCAGUCUCCCUGCGAAGGGACUAGGCCUAUAUGUCGUGCCGUUACCGUACUCUGAGGACAUCCGUGAUGUGCCUUCGUUGCCAUGUUUUAACUCCGCAACGAUUCCAUCGCAGGAGGAUGUGGAUUUAGCGGCGGGCAUUGUCUCUUGCCUCUCCGUGUCGUACGACAUCAACGCGGUGCCAAACCCAUCGCUGCAGCUUCGGUACCAGGCCCUUAAGGAGAUGGCAUUGCGGCAAGCGACAGAAUCCGGGGUAAUGAUGCCGGAGAAGAGCGGGAAUAAACCGGGAACGAUGGCUGACAUGUCACUGCCCGACAGUGAGGGGAUGGCGCAAUACGCACCAAUUUUUCACGACUUUAACGCCAAGCUGCUUGGCCCAUCGUACGACGCGGCUCGACUUUGCCCACAACCCAAAAGAAGCGAAUUUGCUGGUGAAAAGUCACUCCGCACGGGAAGUGGAGGCCAUCGAGAGGGCGACGAUGUCGUUGACAACGCGGCUAUUCAUCUUGUGGAAACGGCAUUUGAGCAAAACGCCCUGCCAACACUCACAGUGAUGCAGUUGAAGGCAUAUUUAAGCGCACUGGGCGAAAGCACUGCCGGAGCGCGGCGAAAGGAUGAGGUGAUUGAAGUUGUCAAGCAUGUGUUGCUGAGGCAACGGGGAGAAAGAGCGUAG